CCUAGAAAACAAAUGAUGCACGUUAUAUCAGCUAUGACAAGAAUUAUAAUCUAUGAAAUGAAACAUUAAAAAAGAUUGGUUGAAUUUACAAGAAAAUGAAGUCAUCUGCAACAGUACAUCCCAUCCAUGGGAUUGUGAAGCUCCCUAGAUACCUCCACGGCGAUCUCCAAGCCUUGCCAACAUACCCAUGGAUGUUUCAUUGGCCAAUGAAUGCUUACGAACGUGCACGCAAAACUGCAGGAGUACCGUUUUCAAGUCCAGUCACAAACUACCCGUACAAAAAGGUACUUAAUACUAAUAUGGGUAAGAGAUUCUAUUGUGUCUUAUUUAUUUAGCCCUAAAAAAAUGGCAUCACAAUUUACCUAUGAUUUAGUCUGGACAAGGCGAUGACAAAUAGACAAUUUCCACCUGUUCGGUUGACGUGUCUGAAAAAGAGAAACCAGAAACCUCAAAGCAAUUGAAUAGAUGUUUGUCUUACGCCAAUGCACAGCUGUAAUGCACACGUCUUAAUUAUUAUCAGUUAUUUAUUUAUUUGAAAGCUUUGCCAGGAAAGUGGUUUGCCAGGAAAGUGAUUUCAAUGCGUUUUAUUUUAAAUUUUUCGUUAAAUGCAUGGUUUCUUUUAUGGUAAGUUUUACAGGGAAUCGAAAGCGGAAUCCAAUGCUGUUACGUCAGUCAAUAUAGAUAACUUCUUCAGUUUACAUUCAAUAUUUUGUAUCCAUUAUUUGAUGAUUUUUUUUUCAAUUGAUCAAAUAAAUAUAACAAUUUCAAAGGACUAUCAGAUACGGGACUACAGGGCAGAAGGUAGAACUCAUCCAGCGUUUUUGGACCUCCGAGGCGGCCCAGGAAAUAUGAAGAACGUGACAGAUUAUGAUGCUACACCCACUCCUUUCCCACAAAUAUUUGAAGAGGAGACCUUCAACAUAUAUGGUAGUUUCAAUUGUUUUACGUGUCAUUCUUACUAUUGGAGACUGGAGUAUGUCAAUGAUUUGGUCAAGAAAAUGUAAAUAGACAAAAUUCCUUUAGUAAUUUUUUUUUUCUUUACCAGACGAUGUAAAAUAACAUUUCUUCUUCUUCUAUAUAUUAAGGGCACACGAUAAAUGUAUUGAUCAUUCUGGCUCCUAUGUAUGUAGAGCGGAUUCGCAAUGUUUGUGUGCCUGGUAUUGAAGAGGAUAUUUCACUGGUUUCAAGGGCUACAACGGGAAAUGGGGGUUGGAAGGCCUGAGGCAAUAGACGCAAAUGUGUCAAGUGUUGUCGCCUCAACUGUUCCUUUAGGAAGCUUGUUUCCACCAACGCAGCUGUUUCUAUAGCCAUAUUUAUAAAAGAACAAGAUUUUUAUUAACACAGCCCGAGAAUUGUGAUCGAUUAUUGAAAUGAGUUUUCCAUAAUGUGUGUGCGUGAAUGGAAUGCUCUUCCCUUGAUUACCUUGACUAAGAGCCAUUUACCUUGACUAGGGGCCAUUGAGAAACGAAAAUGUAUCCCUUAUCUAACUGUGUAGUAUGAACGUGAUGCACACCUUGCUCUCAUGCCCUAUUAUUAUUAGUGGUGGUUUUAUGUAGCGCGGUACCCCAGACUAGGGCUGGGCUCACCAUGCUGUAAAUACAAUUUAACAAACAUAUCAUGAACUUUAAAAAAUUAACAUACAUUAAUUAAAUAAAAUGUAUCUAUCUGGUCAAAUGGUAGCUCAAAAGGCUUUGUGUAAAGCCUUUUCUGAAAGGGGCAUUCUAAUUUAGGAAGAGAUCAGUGCAUUAUGGGAGUGAAAUCUUGCAUAUCAUGAAAUCCCCCCAUUCCUAAUUAAUUCACUGGUUGCUGAAGUUGUGGACUAAUUUUCUUUAAAUUAUUAUUAUUUAUAAGUAGGAGGAUAUUUUUGGUUGGUACCAAAAUGAGGCAAAAUGUAACUACAUUUCAUUGUAAGUAAUAAAUCCCAUUACUGACAGUGUGUUUGAAUGACAUCCUCAAUGGUUCGAAUGAGGGAUAAUAUUUAUAAUUGAUUUUUCCGGUAGUCUGGACGGUUAAAUUUUAUUUAGUAACACUAACUGUCUUUGUUUUACUGUCUAAAUCAGCGGCCAACAAACAUAAGGCGGCAGUCAAGGCGGAUGAGAAGAUUUAUGACGACUGGAUGAUGCUUUAUGGAAAGAAAUACCACUAUCUCAUUAGUUAAGCUUUUAUAAUGUCAACCCUCAUCAUAAGUGGCAGAAAAAUGACGCGAGACGCAUUUGAAAUAAACAC